AUGGAGAGUGCUAAUAAUAAAGCAGCUCCUGGGCAAAGAAAGUCUAAAAAAUCUAAAUGAAAAAAGACAAGCUUUGAGUUUGGGGCAUCUGUUAGCUCUAAUCAACCAGAAACUCCAGAAAAUGUAAAAAUAGCAGAACAGAAUAGUGAUGCUCUCAAUAAUGCCUUACCCAUAAAUAAAUCUGAAAAUGCUAUUAAUCAGCGCCAGAUACCAGAAAAAAUAAAAGCUGAAGUUGAUAGAUGUUUAAAUAUAGCAAAAAAGUAUCUUGAAAAAAGGGAAUUUGAUAGAGCACUUAUUUUUUCUAAUAAAGCGCUACAACUGAAUCCUUCUCCUGAAAGCUUAUCAUUGCUAAAUGAAAUACAGAUGAAAAAAGAAGAAGUAAUCAAAAAACUGCUUGAAGAUGAAACUGAAAAAUUAAAAAAACAAAAAAUUAUUGAGGCAAAUGAAAAUUUAUGCAAGCAAAUUAUUAAUCCUUCUAGUUUAAAUGAAACCUUAGGAGUUGAUGAUAGCGGGUACAGGCCCAAUAGUUGUGUGAUUUUGAUAUCAUUUCAUCGAAGAAAUUUUGGUCGAAAUUUUUAAAUAGUGUAACAUUUGGCCGAAAUUUAACAGUUUUUUCGAUCAAAUGAGAUUUUCCAGAUCAAAAGUGUGCAGUCAUUUGACAUGGAGCUGAUGAGAGCUCUUCAGAUGAAGACAUUAUUAGGACAAUCAAAAAAUUCUUAAUUCCACCCUCCUUGGUUAGCGAGCGAAACCAUUAGAAAAACGCCUAUAAAAAUUUUUAAAAUCCGAAAUAAAUUUUUUUAUAAACAAAAUUAGCCCUAUUCCAUUAGCGAGCAAAAAAAUACUGCUCACGCUAAUCAAGGAAAGUUAAGGAUUUUACAUCCAGAUAAAAAUCUUGCACCAAGCGCACAAGAAGCUACUCAAAUUUUGAUAUCUCUCAAAGAUACAUUAGAAAAGAAACAAGAGACAACAGAAAAUCUAGUUGAAGAAGAGCAAAAAGAAGAGACGAAGGAAGAGGAGACUGUUUUGAAAAAAUAUGAAAAACCAGAAGAAAGUGAUAUCUCAGAUGAUAGUUAUAGCUCUGAUGAAGAUAUUGAUAUCAACACGAGAAAUACACAAAGAAUUCCAAAAAGCGCCCGCUUUCAUGGGUCGUGCAUAAUAAAAAAUGAGGCCCAAGCAUCUGAAAAAUCUCCAUAUGAAGAAGAUGUUAAUGUCUAUGAAGAACUUGAAGACUAUAUUUUACAAUUUUCUAAUAGUGAAUUCUUUAGGAGUCCAACCUCUGAAGAGAUACCAAAUGAAUUUAUAGACGCUAAUGAUUAUAUAGCUAAGCUUAAGGCUGCUUAUUUUGUAGAACUCCAUGAAAUCAUUCUUAAAGCAAUCAAUGGACUGUUCACUGGAAAAGAAUACUUUGUUAAUUUUGUGCUUACUGAUGAUUAUUUUGUGCUUUCACCAGAGUGCACAAGAUUCACUGUAGAAGAAUUUUCUUUACUUCCCCCCGUUCGUGAACAAAAAAUCUUGUUCGCUCACGGAGGGAGUUAAUUUUUUUUUUAAAAAAAAAUUUUAAGAAUUUAAAAAAAUCCCAAUUCUCGAAAAUUGGAAGGCAAAUAUUAAUUUAAAUUAUAAAAUUUAUGUUUUAAAACGCAAUUUGUUUAAAAUUAAAUAGAGUUAGCUCGAGAUUUCAUAAUACUAGUUAUCACUUAUAUAUAAAAAUUUUUUCCCAUAAAAAAAAUUUUUUCUAUUAAAAUAUUUUUGUUAGUUCACGGAGGGUGGGUUUUUGGGCAAAAAAUAGGGAAUUUUCUAAUGGUUUUGUUCGCUCACGGAGGGGGGAAGUUAGAAAUACAAGCGAACGAUCUUCUAUUUAUAUGUGAUAUUGAAGAUUAUAGUUAUAUAGAAAAUCAAUAUGAUUUAAAACAAUCAUCAUUUAACCUAGGCAUUGCGAAAAAGAACCCAAAUGAUAAUAAUGUUAAAAUAUUGUCAUUGCUUGAGGAUGAUCCAAAUAUUCAAUAUUGUGUUAUUAGCAUCGGAAAUUUAACGACAUUAAGAAGAGAAUUUUUAACGUUUACAAAAAUAAAAGAUGCGCUACUUCUAGAUCAUAUUUUAAGCCCAAAGCCUCCAAAUAUUUGUAAUACAAUUGUUUCUAACUCUAUGUUCUAUUUAUAUCGAAAAUUUUUAUCGUUAUUAAUUUGGCAAACAAAAUAAUUUUUGAAUCAUAAAAAAUGCCAUGAAUUUAAAAGAUUUAAGCUGAAAAAAUUAAAUAAAUAGAGAAUUGCAUUAAAACUUUUAUUUAUAAUUACAAAAAAAAAUGGUUAAAAUUGAAAAUUGCUAUUAAACAAAUUAAAAUCUAAUUAUCAACAAGAUAAAAACUGAAAGCAAAAAUUUUAAUAAAAUUUUUCCUAUUAAAAGGGAGUGAGAGAUUUUUGAAUGUGAUUAAAAAAAAAUUUAACCAAGGACAGUAUGAGGCUUUAUUAAAUGCUUUUAGUAUAAAAGAAGGCAUACUGCUUAUUCAAGGCCCUCCAGGAACAGGAAAAACAUCUACAAUAAUGGGGCUUAUAUCUGGAUAUUGAUCUUCAAACUCACUAACAAAACCAAAAAUUUUGGUUUGCGCUCCAAGCAAUGCUGCUAUUGAUGAAAUAGCAUCUCAUAAUUAAAAUAUGGCGUCUUCGUCUGGGCAUGGCCUCCCGGCCAUGCAGCCUCGACUCAUAUUUUAAUUAUAUCCGGCAAGGUUUUACCAUUUCAGAGAUGGACAGCAAUGCUAGGUAAGCAAUUCUGUUAGCUUUCAGAGCCUGGCCCUAGUCUAAUCUCAGGAGUGGAUUUUUCCUCAUGGGGAAGGAGGAUCCGGAGUAGGAAAGGGGAAGCUCAGCAAAGUCCUUUGGACCAUUCGGGCAACUCCCUAGCGUGAAACUGGGCGUUACGUCCCAGGCUACGUAUUUUUCCUUUUUGCCGACAGCUGACCAGAAAAUCCAUUUUUUUGGGUUUUCGGAAAAGCAACCCAUGUACAAGCAAGUAGCUCAUCCAUGAGCCGUCGAAGCCGGCAACACUUGCCCUAGGAGCACCUUGGUGAUCGAAGCAGGUUAUCCCCAGCAACUUGCGGACCCGAUGCGACGAAGGUGAGCGGUAGACUUGGGGACGUCGACCCCGUAGUGGACCUUAAGCGUUAUAAAUUUUAUGUAAUGAAAUAGCAUCUCGCGCCAAUAAAAAUCAGAUUUUUGAUGAAGAUGGUAAUCCUGUAUCUAAAAUAAAUCUAUUAAGAAUUGGGCAAAAAAGAUUUAAAAACGAAUUAGGAAUUAUUGAGGAUAUUAAUGUCAAAGAUAUCCCCACAAAUGUCAAGAAAAUUUCUCUAAAUUAUUUAAGUGAAAAAGAUCUAAAUGAUAUUGGGUUUCAUGACCAAGCAAAAAAAAUUAAAGAAAAAGUCAAAGAAGAGCAAAAAUUAGCAGAAGAACUAGAAAAUAUGCUGAAAAAGGGAACUGCUGACAUAAAAAAAUACGAGAAAUUAGUCAAAAAGCGAGAAGACGUUCUUGAAGAUAUAGAGUACUUAAAAGAAGAGCAAAAAGACUAUCACGAAAACAAAAAGAAAAGCAGAAAAGAUUUGAUACAGGCUGCAGAUGUCAUCUUUUGUACAACGAGCACUGCUGGGUCAGCAGACAUGCUUUCUGCAUUUUCAAACUCUAAAAAUAGAAUAUCUCCACGACGGUUUGACUAUUUAAUUAUAGAUGAAGCUUGCCAAUGCAUUGAGCUGAACAUGCUAAUCCCAUUUUUAUAUGACACUUCUACAGUGAUCUUAUUUGGUGAUCAUAAACAAUUACCAGCAACCACAUUUUCAGAAACCUCAAAGGUAAAUAAAUACAAUCGGUCAAUGUUUGAAAGAUUCAUUGACUGCAGAAUUUCUCCUCAAAUUUUAAAAGUACAGUAUAGGAUGAGCAAAGAAUUAUGCCAAUACCCCAGCAUGUAUUUUUAUGAUCAUUUAUUAAAAUCUCAUCCUUCAGUAGACUCACGACAAGCUCCACUAGGUAUCAGGCCGCUUGGUCUUCUUUUUAUUAACCUUACAAGAUCUCAAGAAAUAAGUAAUCAGCACGAUUAUAGCUAUUAUAAUGAAAUUGAAGCUAAAUAUAUUGUAAAAAAAAUAAUUGGAGAAUAUGCAAAAAAUGUAGGCAUAAUUACUCCUUAUAGGAAACAGGUUGAAUAUUUGACAAAACUCCUUGAUGAAAAAUUUCAGGAUGACUGAAGGGAGAGAAUUGAAGUAGACUCUGUUGAUGGAUACCAAGGAAGAGAAAAAGAUUUUAUUAUUUUGUCGCUGGUUAGGUCAGAUUUAGUUACUGGGAAUAUUGGAUUUCUUAAAGAUAUAAGGAGAAUGAAUGUAGCAAUAACAAGGGCUAAGUUUGGGCUUCAUAUUGUGGGGAAUGCUUUAAGUUUGAAGAAAAAUGAUGAUUGGGAUAAUUUUAUUGAGUUUUGUGAUAGCAAAAAUAAGCUUAUUCAUUCGGAUUAUGAUGGAAAACAAUCGUAUUGGAAUCAAUUAGAGCUUGAAAAUAAAAUUUCGAUUGAUAGGAAUCGUAAAAGAAUUGAGUUUAAUAUAAGUGGUGAAAAUCAAUUAUUAAAGGAAAAAUUAAUUAAUUAAUUAAUUGCUGACUUAUCACAGGACGGGCAAGGGAUUUGUACGCACAAAUGCGCAUCGUCCCUGAGGGAUCCCAGGCAGGUAUCCUUCCCUCUGUCACAGGAGAGUCUUGCAAAACUCAUAAGGACUGAUUCCUCGGGACACAACUCCAGUAUUGUGUUAGGCGGGCUCCAUGUCAAAUGAUAGUGCAUUUUGUGGAGGUACAUUUGGUCGAAAAUUAACGGGUUUUUUGGGUCAAAUGUCUCACUAUCGAAAAGUUUCAUCCAAUUUUCGACCAAAAGUACUUCGGUGAAAUGGUAACUAUCAAAAGUGCACGAUCAUUGGACCUGCACCCACCUUAGGUGCAUAGUGUCUUGGAGUCUGUUGGAAGUCUUAUUGCUCCUCCCAUCUUGAUCUUUGCUGACCGUGCCCUUUCCAAAAAUUUCUAGAGAUAAAAAACUAAUGCCCCAGGGAUUCGCUUUCUGAGACACGAGAAAAAUCUAUGCCAUGCAGGGAACACCCAGGUGGGUAAAUCAAGCUGAGAAACAGAAAAUUGCACAAGGAGGUCGGGGUUAGUAUCCUCCUCCGUAUUAAUGUAUACAAAGGAAGGAUAUAAUAAUAUUGAAGAGAAAACAGAGUCUUCUAUCGGAAGUUCAGGCAAAAGAAAAAAAUUUGGUUAA